GUUGUCUCUAUAAAAAGCCGAGCUAAAUCUCAUUUUCAUUUUCAUUUCGUAAUACUACACUCUUUUGUCAUUGAACAAGAUGAAAUUCCUGAUAAUAGCUGCACUGAUUGCCACCGUAAAGGCUAUCCCGGAACCAGAACCAGAACCACAUUACCUUCCAGCAACAGUGCUCACUGCCAAACAUUACCAAACGCUGUAUGCUCCAAUCACACAGAGCAAUUAUGGCAGUCACGUGAAUCACUUGGUGCAAGUUCCUGCGCCCAUCUACAAAGGUGUUCCCGUGCCGGAACCAUAUACAGUUCCAGAACCGUAUGAAGUACCGCGACCAUAUCCAGUGGAAGUUCCAAGACCGGUUCCGGUCCAAGUAAAACGCAUUGUGCCGAUUCCAAUGGUAGCACAAGCUGCACCAAUCUACACUAAAUCGGUGGUUCAUGCUCCACCAGUUUUGCAUCACGGUCCAGUGGCACCAGUUUUGCAUCACGGUCCAGCAGCACCAGUUCUAGCUGAGCCACCACAUCCCGAACCUUAUCAUCCGGCUGGACUGCCGUACGGCCAUCCUUUGGGGCCAUUGGAUCAUGAAGGAGCUUACCAUCAGCAACAGUUGGCGCAUCAACCAUUGGCUCAUUACAGAUAAUAAGC